GAAAAUAAGUUUGAAAAUUCCAGAAGAUGUUGGGCGUACUGCGGAUCCAAGGAGCGGUGGCGGAGGCGCGCCUCCUGUCCGCCCGCCUGCUGGCCAGCAAAUCCGCCACUGACAUGACCGCCAACAGAUGCGAGUCCACCAAAUCGCAACCGGCAACGGAACACUUUGAUAUAAUCAUUGGCGGCGGAGGACUGGUGGGCACCACUUUGGCGGCCGCCUUGGCCAAGAACUCCACGCUGGCCGACAAGAGGGUGUUGUUGCUGGAGGGAGCUCCCGAAUUCCGGGGAUUCGAUCCCUCGGGACCGUACCAAAAUCGAGUAUCCGCCAUCAACCGCAACUCCAUCGAGCUGUUCAAGUCCAUAGACGCCUGGUCGCACAUCGAAUCCGCUCGCUACAAGCCCGUCAAGCAGAUGCAGGUGUGGGAGUCCAACACGGAUGCCCUCAUUCAGUUCCAGCAGGAUAACUUCGCAAGCGAUGUGGCCUGCAUCAUUGAAAACGAUCUGAUCCUGGAUGCGGUUUAUGCCCGUGUCAACGAAGCUCCCAAUGUGGAGAUACUGAACAAGGCGAGAAUCCAAUGCGUCCGCCUGCCCAGGGACUCCAGCUCCAAUCUCUCCGAGCUGCAGCUGCAGGAUGGUCGCUCCUUUUCGUGCGACCUACUCAUCGGAGCCGAUGGCGCCAACUCGGUGGUCAGGAAGGAGAUGAACGUCGACGUUUUCUCGCUAAACUACGACAGAAUGGGCCUGGUGGCCACUUUGGAGCUGGGCGAAGAUGCCUGUGAUAACGCGGUGGCCUGGCAGCGGUUCCUGCCCAACGGGCCAGUGGCCUUGCUGCCGCUAACGGAUAAGCUAAGUUCCCUGGUCUGGAGCACCACCAAUGAGCAGGCCAAGAAGCUGCAAGACCUGCCGCCGGCUGAGUUUAUAGAUGCCCUAAAUGAAGCCUUUUGCCGGCAGUAUCCUCGCGUGGAGCUGGCGGACAAGGCUGUGCAGGCACUGAACUCCCUCUUCGGACAAAAUGCCAGCCAGCACCAGGUGCAGUAUCCUCCUAAAGUUUGUGGCGUUCAGGACAAAUCCCGCGCCACCUUUCCCCUGGGAUUCCUGCAUGCCUCUUCGUACGUUUGCCAUGGAGCAGCUCUCGUCGGCGAUGCCGCCCACCGGGUGCAUCCUCUCGCCGGGCAGGGCGUUAAUCUGGGCUUCAGCGAUGUAAGGUAUCUCGUGGAAUCCCUGGCAGCUGGGGCAUACGCAGGCUUUAAGCUGGGCGACAAGCAGCACCUCAUCAAGUACGAGCGUAAAUGCCUGGCCAAGAAUGUGCCCAUCAUGCUGGGCGUCCAUGGACUGCACACUCUCUACUCCACGCAGUUCAGUCCAGUGGUUUUGCUCCGGAGUCUGGGACUUCAGCUAACGCAGAAUGUGCCGCCCAUCAAAAACUUGUUCAUGCGGGGAGCAAUGGGUCAGUAGAUCGACGACAAUAAAUUUGUAAACUGGGGAAAUUAAAUCUUAAGUGUUUAGAGUUUUUCAAAUCACUUGCGAGUGGAAUAAAGUGAGCGUUUAUAUCA